AUGAACAAGCUGCUGAGAAAAGUUGGCUCCAAGUUGCAGCAAGUCGAUAUCGGUCAGAAGCAAGGUGCUUCAGCAAGUCCCGCCAGCGCGUCAUUUGACAUUACAGCCGUCAGCGGCUUGCCUUCCCAGGUGCUCCAUUAUCGCUUCCGGAAGCAGCGUGGUGUCAAUCUAGGCUCCUGGUUCUCCCUUGAAACAUGGCUCACGCCGUCACUCUUCGCCGGUAUCGACGGUGCCAAAAGCGAAUUCGAUCUGGUCAGCAGCUCUUCUGGCGGCAAGCUCUCUUCACAAGAUGUAUCCGCACGCUUGAAUCAUCACUGGGGAAAUUUCAUCAACGAUGGAGACUGGAUAUGGAUUAAGGAACAUGGAAUUAACACCGUUCGCCUGCCCAUCGCAUACUUUCAUUUCCUGCCAGCCGUCGCACCGCAUUUGAUGCAAGGCACAGAAUACGAACCGUACGCCGCCAUCUACGAGCCUGCCUGGGGACACGUCAAGCGAGCGAUCGAGACGGCAGGGAGGUAUAGCAUCGGAGUAAUGGUCGACCUGCACGGCUGUCCCGGUGCACAAGGUACAGACGGCCACACGGGUCUGUCGAACGGCAGCGCAGGUAUGUGGGACGGAUCUCGCGCUUCCUUCAACCAAGCUCGCACAAUCGAAAUUCUGGUUGAGCUCAUCCGAGCUAUUGGCUCAUAUGAAAAUGUGAUCGGCCUAGAGCUAAUGAACGAGCCGAGGAAUAGUGGCCGCCUAGCAGGCUUUUAUGAUGAAGCCAUCCAUGCGAUCCGUGGGUGCUCGCCAGAUCCAAAAGUUGCAAGCCUGCCGCUUUACUUGAGCGACAGUUGGGAUUUGAACUACUACAGCGCAAAAUUCGGCUCCUCAAGGCAAAAGGGAGGCCCUGCAAACAUGCUUGUCAUUGAUCACCACUUGUACCGUGUCUUCACGCCGCAAGACGCGGCCAAGAGCUCCAGCGAUCACGCUAAGGGCUGUCGACACGGCGGCGGCACGGCGCAAUGGAUGAAAGACAUGGCUGCGAAAGCAGACGGGAAUAUCGUCAUCGGCGAAUGGUCUAGCGCGCUGCACCACAUCUCGUUCCGUGGUGGCGAUCACCAAGCGCAGCAAAAAGACUGGGGACACAGCCAAUUGGACAUGUACGAGAAGCACUGUGCAGGGUACUAUUUCUGGACACUCAAGAAGGAGGGCAACAAGGACCUCGGAUGGUGCCUGUACUCUGCCAUUGAGCAAGGCGUGCUACCCUCCAACUUGGCGAUGUUCGCACUGGGCAGCGGCCGCAACCAGCACCAGUCGCGCGAGGAACUCGAGCGAGUCGGUGUGCAGGAGUGUCAGAGCAAGUUCGGAGGACACAAGGCUUACUGGCGAAAGCAUGGCGGCAGCGGCAGUGCUGAGGGCGGGCCCUACGAGCACUGGCGCUAUGAAGCAGGCUUCCAGGCUGGUUGGGUUGACAGCCUGGAUUUUUGGUUUGCGUCGCAGUGGAGUGGUGGAGAAGACCAUCAGCUGAUUGGAUACAAGCACAACCUCAUGCUGCUUCGCCUGGCGCAGCAUGCCAGGGAGAAAGGAGGGAGCAGGUUCGGGUGGGAAUUCGAGCAUGGGUUCAACGCUGCGCUUCAGGCUUUUGAUGGGUACAUCCGCAGAUGA